AUGAUUCGUCUCAAUGAAACCUCUGACAUUACGAACCUGGUGCUGGGGCUACCUGUAGCCCUGGGAGCAGCACCAGAUAACGGAUCUGUGGCGAGGCGCGGACCUGGCUCGGAUGAUACUAAUAAAUAUGCUAAUGCUGGCAUCCCUGACGGAUUUUCCUGGAUUUUCAUUUUCUUAAUACCGAUGACGAGGAUGAAAAUAAAGCUUUUCUAUCUUGAAAUAUGGGUCUACCUGGAAAGCGACAGGUGUGAGUCAAGGACUAAUUUCAAAAAUAGUUAA